GAGCCUGAUCCCGCCCCACGCUGACGCUGCCCUAAGGCCGGGACGCCGGGAAGAGUUGGAUUCGGUGGUCUUUGUGGGUCCCUUCCAGCUCAGGAUAUUCAGUGAUUUUAUGAAGAGCUGCUCCCAGCCCGGCCGCAGGUGUGCUCCGGGACCCUAGGAGCAGGUAAGGGCAGCCGGGCUGGCGCUGGGGUCGGGACGCCGGGGUCGUUCUGGAGCCACUUCCCAAAGGGCGGCACGGGACCGGAAGCGGCGCGAUACACCCGGCGAUUCCCCUCGCACCUGGUCCUGUUUCUCACCAGCAAAUCUCUCACUUGAGUUCUCAGGCAGUACCAGAUUAUCAAGAGUGAAGCUCCCCAGUGCUCCCCAGCAAUGGCAGGGAAAAAAGUCCUGAUAGUCUAUGCACAUCAAGAGCCCAAGUCCUUCAAUGGAUCUUUGCUGAAGAUUGCUGUGGAAGAGCUGACCAAGCAGGGCUGCAGCGUCACCGUGUCAGAUUUGUAUGCCAUGCAGUUUGAGCCCAGAGCAACAAGGAAUGACAUUGUUGGUCACCUGCACAACCCAGAAGCCUUCAAUUAUGGUGUGGAAACCUGGGAAGCUUACAAGAGAGGAGGUUUGUCCAAAGACGUGGUUGAAGAGCAGAAGAAAGUGCAGCAAGCAGACCUGCUGAUUUUCCAGUUUCCCUUGUUUUGGUUCAACAUGCCUGCAAUCCUGAAGGGCUGGAUGGACAGAGUCUUGGUCCAAGGCUUUGCUUAUGAUUUGUCAAAGGUUUAUGAUGGUGGUUUGCUCCAGGACAAAUUAUCCUUGUUUUCUUUCACUACGGGAGGAAGCAAAGAGAAGUAUGCAAUCAGUGGUGAUAUUCGCUAUCUCCUAUGGCCCAUGCAGCAUGGAAUCAUGCACUUCUGUGGUGUCAAAGUCCUUGAACCUCACAUCUGUUAUGCUCCAGAGAGUGUCUCUGAGGAGAAGAGGAAGGAGAUGCUGGCUGCCUGGACCCAGCGUCUGAAGACUCUUUGGAAGGAAGAACCCAUAGACUGCUCUCCUGAGUGGUAUUUCAAGUAGUGUUCAAGUGCAAGGCUACAGAGACAAGAUUUUCUUUUGCUCCAUUCUUUUUGAUGCUCUAUCUAAAUACCUGAACACUAAUCUCCUAAUUCAAAUACAUUUUAAGAAUCUUGAAUACUA